CGAACAGUCGGUGAGAGUUCUCGUGUUAGAGGAGGAAUUUGGGGAGUGGAAAUACCACUGUUCCUUUCUCAGCUUGCGUCAAGAGCAGUGACUGACUCCUCUGACAUUUUCACUUCGGCGGUCAGUAGCAUCGCAUCGAAAACCGGAGACUCGCGCGCAGCAUAAAAGCAGAAGAUUUCCGGACUCUGCCGUUGAACUGUUCGGGCUAUUGCUUCGUUUUCUUACGCCUUGGUUGUUUUUGUGAGCGGAUUGCGAGUAUCUGCGAUAUUGAUCACUGAAAGUGGCUCUCUUUCUUUCCACUUCUUAUUUUUUUAAAGAACAGUUUAUCGACAGCGAACUGUAAACAGCCGUGCCGUUUUAGAGCGACUGGGUUCCGUGGAGUCGUCGUCGUACACAUUUGGAUUAUUUUAUUGGAAAUGGCAAGUUUUUAGGGAGUGAAGCUCGACUUGCGGAGGAGACAAGACACAGCGCUUAAUAGGCACAGGAUGCUGGCGACCUAAAGAAUUCUAUCGAAUUUCUCCCACUUUUAAGACAUUUUGUUGCUCUGUAGGCUAAGCCUAAAGGAUUAGACAGGGAUUUUUGGUUUAUAUUUUUUUAUAGGAUGUAUGUAUUUUACAACCUAACGAUGCAUUGUGGAUUUCUGUUGUUCUUUUUCACCCAAAUCAUCUUUGUUGCUUCCUUGACACAAAGUGAUAAAUGUGGAGAUAACAUUGAAAUAACAAUCGCAGACUAUCUUACUUCGCCUGGAUAUCCUACGGCGUAUCCACCGUCACAGCAGUGCGUGUGGGUGAUUCAAGCUCCGGAGCCAGGACAGAAGAUUCUCAUAAACUUCAACCCGCAUUUCGACCUGGAAGACAGGGAUUGCAAGUAUGACUACGUGGAGGUGUUUAACGGUGGGGACGAGAAGGCCCCCACCUUGGGGAAGUUCUGUGGGAAGAUCGCCCCCACCCCCAUCAUCUCCAGCGGGGGCCAGUUGCUCAUCAAGUUUGUGUCCGACUACGAGACGCACGGAGCCGGGUUCUCCGUUCGCUACGAGGUCUUCAAGACAGGUCCUGAGUGUUCCAGGAACUUCACUGCCUCCAGAGGGGUGAUUAGGACCCCAGGGUUCCCAGACAAGUACCCCAACAACCUGGACUGCACCUUCAUGAUCUUCGCCCCCAAGAUGGCAGAGAUUCUGGUGGAGUUCGACAGCUUCGACAUGGAGCCUGACACGACUCCGCCCCCAGGAGCCAUCUGCCGCUACGAUUGGCUGGAAAUCUGGGACGGCUAUCCCACAGUGGGCCCCCACAUCGGGCGCUACUGUGGCCAGAGUUCCCCGGGCCGUGUCUUCUCCUACACGGGCAUCCUGUCCAUGACCAUCACCACGGACAACGCCAUCGCCAAGGAGGGCUUCUCUGCCAACUACACGGUCCGCGAGCGGCCCGAGGCCUCGGAGGACUUUGCGUGUGUGGAAGCUAUGGGCAUGGAGUCAGGGGAGAUCACUUCUGACCAGAUCAGCGCUUCUUCACAGUACAACCCCAACUGGGCGCCGGAGCGAUCACGUCUCAACUACAAGGAGAACGGAUGGACGCCCUCGGACGACUCCGCCAGGGAGUGGAUACAGGUGGAUCUGGGAUUCCUGCGCUUCAUCUCGGCCGUGGGCACGCAGGGAGCCAUUUCCAAGGAGACCAAGAAGCACUACUUUGUUCGCUCCUACAAGGUGGACGUGAGCUCCAACGGGGACGACUGGGUCACCGUGAAGGAGGGCUCCAAGCAGAAGAUCUUCCAGGGGAACCACAACCCCACGGACGAGGCACGCAGCUUCCUGCCCAAGCAGACGCUGGCUCGCUACGUGCGCGUGCGGCCCAUGUCCUGGGAGCAGGGCAUCUGCAUGCGCUUCGAAGUGUACGGCUGCAGGACCUCAGACUACCCGUGCUCAGGGAUGCUGGGCAUGCUCUCUGGCCAGAUCGCCGACGGCCAGAUCAGCGCCUCGUCUCACGCCGAGCGGGACUGGGUGGCGGAGAACGCCCGCCUGCUGACGGGGCGGGCGGGCUGGACCGGGCAGCAAAUCCGGCAGCCCUUCAGGAACGAGUGGCUGCAGGUGGACCUGGGCCAGGAGAAGGUGCUAACCGGGUUAGUGGUGCAGGGCGGCAGGCACCGGGACAAGAAUGUGUUCAUGAAGAGGUUCAGGGUGGGACACAGCCUCGACGGGGCGGACUGGACCAUGGUGAAGGAGGAUAACGGAACCAAGCCCAAGAUCUUCAUAGGGAACCAGAACCAUGACACCCCAGAGCUGCGGGCUCUAGGACCGCUGCGGUCUCGGUACGUGCGGGUGUACCCAGAGAGAGCCACGACAGAGGGCCUGGGCCUGAGGCUGGAGCUGCUGGGCUGCGACAUCCUGGAGCCCACAACUCUAGCUCCGCCCACCACGGCUGUUGUGACCACUUUCUCGGCGACCACGUUUGGAGCGACCACCAACCCGACCGUGACCGUGUCCGUGUCCGGCUCGACCACGACCACGGAGGGCUGUGACGAGUCCCAGGUCAGCUGCUACGGCAGCACGGAGACGCCAGACCACCAGGACGCCACGGAUGGCACCACGGUGGCAGCCCCCAUUCUGGACAUCAUGCCAGCGUACCUGUGGUUCGCCUGCGACUUCGGCUGGGCAGACAACCCCACCUUCUGUGGUUGGACGCCAGAGGAGGAAACGGGAGCCGAUUGGUUGAUUCAAACCAGCGAUACGCCCCUGGUGCGGAAAGGACCCAGUCUGGACCACACAGGUGAGCCAGGGAACUUCAUCUACGUCCAGCUUCCUGAUGUCAUACAGCUGGACGUGGAUGUGGAGGAGGAGGAGGAGAGACAGAGGGUGGCCAGGGUGACCAGCCCCCCUGUCACAUCCCCAGACAGCGACUUGUGCAUGUCAUUCUGGUAUCACAUGUUUGGCGAGCACGCGGGCAGCCUGCGCAUCAAACAGCGCCACGAGGGGGGCCGCGAGGGGGGCCGGGCCGAGGCCCUGCUCUGGACUGUGAGCGGACACCAGGGGAGUCUCUGGAGAGAGGGCCGGGUCUUGGUGCCGCGAUCCAGCGCGUCCUUUCAGGUGGUGAUUGAGGGAGUGGGCGACCGGAGGAGCGCAGGUCACGUUGCUGUGGACAACAUCAAGAUCCUGGAUGGGCUCAGCCUGGAGGACUGUAAGGACAUCACGCCUACGCUCCCCCCGACCGAGAUCUUCAUCCUGCCUAUGGACACUUACGCCCAGGAGACCAAUGAGCUUGGGGGUCCGGGCAACAUGCUGAAGACCCUGGACCCCAUCCUCAUCACCAUCAUCGCCAUGAGCGCACUGGGGGUGUUCCUUGGGGCCAUCUGCGGGGUGGUGCUGUACUGCGCCUGUUCUCAGGGCAGCAUGACGGAGAGGAAUUUGUCGGCGCUGGAGAACUACAACUUUGAGCUGGUGGACGGAGUCAAGCUAAAGAAAGACAAGCUGAACACACAGAAUACUUAUUCGGAAGCGUGAGCUCAAGAACCCAUCCUCUGAGAGAACGUGUGAGCGCGAAGCAGCCAAUCAGAUGGAGGGACAUGGCCUCGUGGAGGGUGGGAGGUUGAAUGAGACUGACUGAGUGGAGAUUUUCUCAGGAGCUGCAGUGAGAGAAAGCUAACUGUAGGGGGCACUGUGUAUAAAAUAUAUGUACAGCAAAAAAAAAUAUUGUUUUGUUUUGUAAGUUUUGCGUGCUUUGUUUUUUUGUGUGUGUAAUCAGAUGCUGGUGUUGAGACCAAUUAAGAUGAAAGUAUUUAUCUUUUUUUUUAUUCCUCUGAAAAUCAUUUUUUUUUUUUUUCCAUUUUGUUUUCCUUGUUUCAUGGAAAGAAAUUAACGUGAACAUUUCGAUUCCCUAUCCUGCCGUGUGGCUGUUAAGCUGGCUAUGUGACGUAUGUGUGUGUGUGUGUGUAUGGAUGUAUAUACAUGUUUAUGUGUGUGUGUCUGUGUCAGAUGUCUGUAUGUGUGUGUGUGUAUGCAUGUGUGUAAGUCUUAUUUGUUUGUGUGUCGUGUGUGUGCGUGUGUGUGUCUUCAUCAGUGUGUGUGUGUCUGUCCUGUGUGUGUGUGUGUCAUGCGUCAUUGUGUGUGAGUGUGUGCUUCAUUCCUGUGUGUGUGUGUGUGUGUGUGUGUGUGUGUGUGUGUGUGUGUGUGUGCCUGCACACAGGAGAGGUGGCCUCAGACCUGUGUCUAGCGCCAACAGUGCCUUUCCUCAACAUUUCUGUUGCCUUUCCAUCUCCUUCUGUUCUCUUCACAGCAGUAGUUAGGUGUCAGCCAACAGAGGCCGAGGGCCAGGAUUUCACACCAUCCCUCCACAGCACCACACAUCCAACUUAUUGUACAUAGGUUUUAAUAUAUUCAAGCGCCCUUUUGAUAUAGAAAAUGACCCGAUGUUGCAGUAUCCUUUCUUCGCGCUCGUGUCAUAUACAGUGGUGUCUGGCUGUCAUCACGUGAUAGGCUACAGUACUUGUGUUCCUGCUUCUUAUUGGUGCUCUGACAACGCUGCCUGAAACGGGAUUCUAACAUCUUCAAAAGAUUGUGUUGUAUAUUAAACCAGGAUUACAUUUCUACUUCAGGAGGUGGUUUCAGGCUAGUGUCCAGAAUGUAACUGAAAUAUUUUGUGGUUUCAAUCAGUUUUGUCAAUCAUAGAAAGAGGAAAAAACUACAUUUUCAGUCACUGGAACCUGAAUUUGACACGAUAUCCUGGAUUGUCUCAACUGUGUUCAUGCACCCACGGCAUCAUGGGAAAUGUAGCUAUUUUCCUACAAGGAGAAUACAGAGGACAACAUUGCCACUGAAGAAUCAAACAGCAUAUAACGAACAGAGACUAAAUCGCUGCUUCUUCUAACCACCACCGCCAUAAGAACAUGGCGUGAAUGAAACUGGAUUUGAACCCUGAUCACUAGGGUCCCAUAUGACUAAGACCGCGCCAGAGCUAAAGGCUAAGCUAACUUUGUCUCUUCCAGGAGUCCCGUCUGAGAUUCAAACACUGAUCAUGUUGCCUGGGAGACGGUGAGGAGUGGUGAGCAAGGUCAUAGAGAUGACGAUGUGCAGUAGAGCUUAAAUCUUUAAAGUAGCAAGGAUGUGUACUGUAUAUACCAUGACAACCCCCAGAAUCAAUGGAUAUCAAAUGUACGUUUUUUUUUCUUUGUUUGACCUGUGUUUUGUUUCUUUUAAAAUCGGUAGAAAGGGUUUGGUUGUCCUGGUGAUAGCUCCUUGGUGCUGGUCGUUACUGGAUACGGGUCUGGUGUUGCCGACGUGGUCUCAAUUAAGAAAGGAUAUGGCAGCAUUAGAUGUGAAAACAAUGUUGCACUGAUAUAUUUAAAAGUUAUAUGUGUUUUAUGAUAGUGAUUUAUGAAAAAAAAACUGAAAGAUAAAGAAAGUGAGAGAACGAGAAGGAAAGAGGGAUGAGA